AUGCCGGCUGCCACAUUUCUGGCGCUGGCACUCGUGACUGCAUCGUCCAGUUUGCAUGGUGCGGGCAUUUUCAGUGUGGAUGCGCAACAAUCCGCCAAUGCCAUGAUCGCGACGGGGUCUAAAGAUUGGACGGUCGCGCUGUCCAUCGCCACAUCGUCUUGCGUUCAAUUGUACGUCAUGCUGUUGAAUGCCAUUUCGGUCGCCUCGGGUGGCAUCGUCUUGAUGAACGCGGCAUGGCGCCACGUGUAG